AUGCCUGAUUUGUCUGUUGGCCUCUACGUUUUCAGCUGUUUGGGGAUUCGUCAAUAUGGUAUGUAUCCGCUUGCGCCUUAUGACUCGACCCCAAUCUCUGCAACAUAUGUCGUGUGGCCCCUUCUCAGUGGUGUUCUUCGACCCCAGUUCGUUAUUCGACUGGCGAUGAUACCUUCUUUGCCCUUGGCUUCGGUCUGCUUGCCACCUUCAAGAUCCCUGCCGCCUGGAGUUGUAGACUUGAUUAUUUCUUAUUUGGUGGAUCAAUCUGAUGUUACUCCGGCAAACCCUCUGAAUAGUGCUCACAGGCCGUUUGUCAAUCAUAGCGCUGUGAAACAAAUACUCGAUCUCCGAUUACUUAGCAAAUCAUGGGCAAUGGGAAUUGGUUCUUACGUGGGGGUAUCUUUAAACUUAGUUACUCCUAAUAUGUCGACCUGUUUGUUGAAAAUGUCACGAAUGUCAGCAUCGAUUUCGAGCACUCAUUGCCUGCGUCGCCUCUGUAUAGGUCGUGUUCUGUUUUUGCCUGAUUUCAUACUCGCCUCCUUGGAUCUCGAUGACUCCAAUGAUUCCGAUGAAAUCUCCCGUUUUGAUAAGCGGCACUCUGAUUGCUCUUCGCUAUCUAUGAAGGACGCCGCCGCUAUAAUCAAUUUAUGUCGUCAUAAUUUAACUGAGCUCAAGAUCAAGUUUUCGAAAUCGGUUGGUUUUUCUCAAGACCUGAUCAAGGCAAUCGGCGAUAUCAGUUCCCUCAAAGUCUUCAUGAUGCUUGGGAGUAGAUCACGCAAGGCCUACCAUGACUUCGGAUCCAUCACAAAGGUCCUCGACGUCACUACGAACGUUGAAUCAUUAUUGAUCGACUGUGGUUCUCUUGGCCCCUUGGAUAUCAAGGCGUCCUCCUUGCCCCGUCUGAUCCAUUUAUGGGCACCUCUUUAUCUUGAUACUCAUCAAUGUUUCAACAAGUUCGUGCGGGCGGAAGGCAGGGAUAUAAAGUUCCUUGAGUGUUUUUCGCCGGACGCGCAUGGUCUUUGUGGUUCUAUGAUAGUGGGGUUGAAACACUGUCUUGAGAUACUUUUUGUUGAUUCAGUACCUGAUAACCUUAGUCGCGUUGUGCUGGACACCCAUUUCCCGAAAUUGAAGGUGAUACGUAGCAUUUAUAGUACUACUUAUGUUGGUAACCUGGUGUGGUUCCAAUGGCCAAUGUUCAGUGCCAUGGAGGUAUUCAUAACCAGUUAUUGGCACGGGAGAUUUUAUUGGCAAAGGAUGAUGUCACAAGUUGGCAUUGUUCCUAUUCCUUUCCCGCCUAAGCUCAAGCAUAUCAUCUUUGUCAGUUGGAAUGGACCGGAUUCUCAAAACGCGUACCUUGUAAAACAAUUCGCCAGCAUUGGUAUCAAAUGCUUAUUCAAAUACGAAAUGACAACGCAACAGAUCCUGCGGUAUUGGACUGGAUGGGUGAAUGAGGUUCUUUGGUCAAUCGGUUCUUCCUUGGUGGCCUGGGUACGACUUGGUAUUUGUGCAAGUUGGGCUUACAUGGGGUACUUCACAUUCAUGAGGUGGCGCGUGGCUUUAAGUUGUUUUGAUGUGUUGGAAUUUGGUGCGAAAGUGGGGUCUCUUAUGCUACGGGCAUGGUUAUCGAACUUUGUCCUGAGCUUGAGUGUGCUAGAUUACUUUUGUUUCACCAUGAUUGGUUUUGGUGAUUGGCCGUAUAUUUUAUUUACUAUUGCGGUGGCCUUUGGUCUAUAUGAUAGUUGCAAGAAAUUAUUUCCAGCUGCGGACUAA